UGACAAAUUAUGUACGGUGCGAUACAUAUUUCACGUCUUCCAUAAAUCCGGUUUUUCUGAAGGCAUUUUUAUCAGUACACUUUCUUUUUCUGUAUUGAAGUUAAUAGAGUGGCUAGUGUGAAAAGAGAUCCUCUUAUUAAAAUCUCGGUAGUAUCCAGCGCACGAGAUAUUGAAGCUGUUGUCUGGAGAAGACGAGAUAUAGUAAUGAGUGAUCAAGACGUGGAUGAUGUUGCUUUCUUGACAGGUGAUAGUCAAACUGGAAUCAAUAAACGAAGCUUGUAUGAGCACAAUGGAGUUGCUGUAUGUUCUCAGAAGAGAGCAAUGUGCAUUGCAACGACCGUGUUUGCUACACUGUUUGUCAUAUCGCUCAUCAUUGCAUAUGCAGGACCCCAAAAUGAGUGCCCUUGUGCAGGAGAGAAACCAGAUGACUUGGGAGAAGAGGUGUUGUCAAACUCUACAGGACCACCAGUACCACUUGCAACAAAUGGCGAGGUGUUUCCAUGGAACAAUGUUCGCCUUCCCAGUUUUGUUCGACCUACUCGAUACAACAUUACAAUUCACCCAAAUCUUACAACUUUGGAGGUCAAAGGUCAGGUGACAAUAGAAUUUCAUGUAGAAAAAGACACCAAUUUUAUUGUCUUCCAUAGUAAAAAUCUGACAAUAACUGAAAAGAAUGUCCAGAAUGGAAAAGGUCAGCUAUUAAAUAUAACAAGGUUGUUAGAAUAUUCAGCUGCUCAGCAGAUGUAUCUGCAAGUGAAGGAAAAGUUCAAAAGGAGAGGUCAUUACGUCUUGAAUCUUCGUUUCCAGUUUCGGCUCUCUCGUGAGCUGGAAGGCUUUUAUAUUAGCAGUUAUCAUGCUGAAGAUGGCAAAACCAAAUAUUUAGCAACUACACAUUUUGAACCAACUUAUGCCAGAUCAGCUUUUCCUUGCUUUGAUGAGCCACAGUUCAAAGCACGGUUCAAGAUGUCAAUAUUCAGAGAUAGGUUCCACAUUGCUCUCUUCAACAUGCCUGUCGUCAACACGGAAGAUGCUGGUUUCUACAUGGGGACUGGUCUGUUGCGUGAUGAUUUUCAAGAGUCCGUUGAGAUGAGCACAUAUCUAGUGGCAUUUGUGGUGUGUGACUACAAGCGAAUCACUAGACAAACUCAGAAGAAAGUCUCUGUAUCAGUCUAUGCCCCUAAUGAAAUGAUAUCUCAGGCCAGUUUUGCACUGUCAACUGCUGCAGAUGCCAUGGAUUAUUAUGAGGAGUUCUUUGGAGUCCCUUACCCACUACCAAAGCAAGAUUUGAUUGCUAUUCCUGAUUUUGCUGCUGGAGCAAUGGAAAACUGGGGACUGAUCACAUACAGAGAAACCUCUAUUAUGUACGAUGUGGAUGAGACAUCAGCAGGAGGCCACCAGUGGGUUGCUGUUGUUGUAGCACAUGAGUUGGCACAUCAGUGGUUUGGGAACCUGGUAACUAUGAAGUGGUGGAAUGACUUAUGGCUGAAUGAAGGCUUUGCAAGCUACUUGGAGUACCUUGGAGUGGACCAUAUCAUGCCUAGCUGGAAGAUGAUGGACCAGUUUAUUCUGGACAAAACUCAUCCAGCACUAAAUCUAGAUGCCCUGGCAAGCAGUCAUCCCAUUUCAGUAGCAGUUCAUGAUCCUGUAGAGAUUGAAUCUAUUUUUGACAUAAUUUCAUAUAACAAGGGUGCCUCAAUCCUCUAUAUGCUGGAAAAAUUCCUUCAUCAAGAAACGUUACGCAGUGGCCUCAAUGAUUACCUUAAUAUACAUAAAUAUGGCAAUGCAGAAACCAAGGACCUCUGGAAUGUUCUGAGCAAACAUGCAAAUCAGUCACUUGAUGUUAAGACUAUAAUGGACACUUGGACAAGACAAAUGGGUUUUCCUCUGGUAACAAUAUCAAGAGAAGGAAAUACAAUUACUGCAAAACAAAAGAGAUUUAUUUUGACAGUUAACUUAAACAAUGAAGCAGAAGAAAUGAAUAAUGAAUCCGUUUCUCCAUUUGGUUAUAAGUGGUAUGUUCCAUUGAGUUACUUCACUGAUCAGCAUAUAGGAAAAGUGCAUCACAUCUGGAUGAAUAUGAGUGAUGUGAAAUUUGAUAUACCUGCUGAUACCAUAUGGAUCAAAAUGAAUGUGAACCAAUCAGGAUUUUAUCGGGUAACAUACAGCGAUGACAUGUGGCAGUCCAUAAUAUCAGCUUUACAACAUAAUCAUACAGUAUUUAGUCCAGCAGACAGAGCAAGUCUCAUAGAUGAUGCUUUUACACUCUGCAGGGCUGGUGUGCUGAAUGCCUCUGUUCCUCUGAGUCUGUCUCUGUAUCUUCUACAUGAGCGGGAGUAUGUUCCAUGGGCAACAGCUCUAGAGCACUUUCAGUCUUGGAGCAAGCUUCUCUCCGAGUCAGCAGCAUACAAAAAGUUCUUGGAAUAUAUGAGGAGGUUACUGGAACCUGCCUCCAAGCACGUAGGCUGGGAGGACACAGGAACACAUUUGCAGAAGCUGAUGAGGUCUGACAUAAUGGCAUCUGCAGUCCUGUGUGAUGUCCAAAUUACAGUCAAACAAGCUCAGAAGAAAUUUAGAGAUUGGAUGGAUAAAGGCAAUCGUAUACCACCAAAUCUCAGAGAAGUAGUUUAUAUUGCAGGUAUCAAGUAUGGUGAUGUGAAGGAUUGGCAGUACUGUUGGUCUAAAUAUAACAGCACAGGAGUUCCAAGUGAAAGAAGAUUGCUUCUUAAAGCCUUAGGCGUGGCAUCAGAUCCAUGGAUUUUACAAAGGUAUCUGCUGACUACCCUGGAUCGGAACUUGGUCAAACCUCAAGAUGUAAAGGUUGUUCUAGCUGGAGUGGCAGUUAAUCCAGAGGGCCAGCUGCUGGCUUGGAGACAUCUGAAAGCUCACUGGAACUACUUGCAGUCCAUGUUUGGCAACUCAACAUAUACAAUGGGUACUUUUAUUUCAGCAGUGACAUCUCAUUUCACUACGGAAUAUGACUAUCAAGAGGUGUCACAGUUCUUCCGACCUAUGAAUGUUGGGUCUGGAAACAGAGCACUGAAGCAGAGUUUGGAAACAAUUCGUCUAAACAUCCACUGGGUCCAAAGAAAUAAAGAUAUUAUCAACAACUGGCUAAAUGAUUAUCUAGGAAGAUAAUAUAUCAGUGCCCUUGGAAUGAGAAAGUUUGUGUAUUUAAAUAUCUAAGUCACUGAUGUCAGUUCAAGUGUUUUGUACUCUAGAACACACAGCCAAGUAUUACAGUUUGUUUAACAUUGGAUUCAAAUUACCCAAUGUCCGAAGAUAGUGAAUACUCUAAAAAAAAUACAUGAAGGAGAAGGGAUUCACAGGAAUUUAUUCAAAAUAGUGUCAUCACAGUCAUCACCUUGACAGAACAGGGCUCAAAACACCAUACUAAAAGUCUGUGGGUAAACAUGAUAUUGUUUCUACACAUGUUUUGUAAUGAAGCAAACAGCACCUGUCAUCAUCUUACACACUCUUUAAAAAUUGAUUUAAAUGUGUUUUUUUAAUAUUUAAUGUAGUACAUACUGGUUUAGACAAUUUU